AUGGCGAUCUCUGCCACACAAGUCAACUCUUUUAGAACACUUGUUUUUGCAAUAUCUUCUAUUAUUUCUGUCGUAGUCGCUCAACCUAUUGUCUCAUUUAGUCAUGGCAGCCAACAACAUUUAUCUGUUUACUCAGUCUCCUUUUGGGAAAAGAUUGCAAUUGUUAUUUUCCUCGUGUUAUUAGGUGGCGUUUUUGCAGGCUUGACACUUGGUUUGAUGGGGCUGGACGAGACGAACCUUCAUGUUCUUAUGGAAACGGGCACUCCAACUGAGCGUAAAAAUGCUCAUAUUGUAUUAAAUCUACUUGAUCGCGGAAAGCAUUGGGUGCUGGUAACAUUAUUAUUAUCCAAUGUGGUGAUCAAUGAGACGCUGCCGAUAAUUUUACAUGGUGUGAUUGGUGGCGGUUGGCAAGCCGUCGUUCUAUCCACCGCUCUGAUUGUAAUCUUUGGCGAAGUAAUUCCACAAUCCAUCUGUGUCCGUCAUGGUUUGGCCAUUGGUGCACAGACUGCAUGGAUGAUGCUCAUUCUAAUGUACAUAAUGUAUCCUAUUGCUUACCCUACUGCUCUCCUUCUCGACUACUUCCUUGGAGAAUCCCAUGGAACUGUCUACAAAAAAGCCGGUCUCAAAUCUCUCGUGUCCUUACACCAGUCUGGCAAUUCGUCCGAUACUGAAGCUCUGACAUUGGAUGAAGUAACCAUCAUCGGAGCGGUGCUUGAUCUGCGCUCAAAGCCAGUAUCACAGAUUAUGACACCCAUUUCAGAUGUAUUCACUCUUUGUACCGAGGAUAUCCUGGACGAGACUCUGGUCGAUAAGGCAACUGGUUACUCCCGUAUUCCCAUUCAUGCACCUAAUGACAAUGGAAACUUGGUAGGAAUGUUGUUGACCAAGCGAUUGAUCACCUAUGACCCCGAAGACGCCCGUCCUGUCAAAGAAUUACCCAUUAGUACACUGCCUGAAACCGGUCCUGACACUAGCUGUCUAGAUAUCCUCAACUAUUUCCAAGAAGGCAAAAGUCAUAUGGCUCUUGUUUCUGCUGAUCCCGGAGGAGAAUCUGGUGGUCUUGGUAUUAUUACCCUUGAAGAUGUUAUUGAAGAAUUGAUUGGAGAAGAAAUCAUUGACGAGACCGAUGUUUAUAUUGAUGGUAAAUUAUAA